AUGGGCAUCGAACAAAACAAUGAAUCCAUGAUGUGGAAAAGCCUGUCAGUCCCGCUGGACCCAACCUCUCAAAAAGACCAGCCUUGCGCGUCUGCAGACGCACCAAACAUUGUCCUCCCGCCGUAUCUUCGCCCGGUGCCCAGCCAUAUUGCCAACGAAGACCUUGUCUACCUCGAGAAAAAGAAAGCCUUUGAGAUCCCCGCCACCAUCCAACGCAACGAGCUGAUUCGGUGUUACAUCCAGUACGUGCACCCUCUUUUGCCCAUCAUCGACCUGCGCGAUUUCCUGCGCGCCAUCGACCAACAUGAGCCCAGCGAUCCCAUCAGCCUGAUGUUGCUCCAGGCGGUCAUGUUUGCGGGCACCACGUUCAUCGACAUGACCUACGUCACGGGCUACGAAGACCGACACGCGUACCAAAAGGCGUAUUUCCAAAAGGUCAAGACGCUGUACGACCUCGACUACGAGGAGGACCGCGUCACCAUGGUUCAGUGUGUCCUCCUGAUGACGAACUGGUACGAGAGACCCAGCUACCACAAGGACAUAUGGCACUGGGUCGGGAUUGCCGUGGCCGACGCCAGAUCCAUCGGGCUCAACUAUGAGCCCCAAGCCGGCGCCGGCACCGUCCAGGAGAAGCGCCUCUGGAAGCGGAUCUGGUGGAGCUGCUACACGCGCGACCGGCUGGUCUCGACCGGGAUGCGGAGGACGAUGAGGAUCCGCGAAGAAGAGUGCCAGCUCUCGAUGCUCGACCUGGCCGACUUUGAAGCGUGCACCUCCCUUUCCGACUUUGAACACAUGAUCGGGACCGCGUGCGCCGUCGGCGAGGGAGCCACCCACGCGAACCUGGUGCGGCUGUACAUCGCGCUGAUUGAGCUCUGCAAGAUCAUCGCCGAUGUUUUGACAUUGCAGUACGAGGAGCCGUCGCAGAAGAUCAAGGGCACUCGCGAAGCCACGUCGAAGCUGAUCCCCAAGCCGCGGGCCAGUGCGUUGGAGGUGGAAAUGCGCGAUCGAGACCUUGAGGCGUGGUACGCAGGGCUACCCGUGGAGAUACGGUAUUCAUUCCUGGAGACACCCGAAGACAGGAAACCCGUCAGCGACCGUCUCGUCUACCUGCACAGCACCGUGGUGGCCAGUGUGUAUUUGGGCAUCUCCAGCGCGCUGUACCGACCGCAAUGUUGGACGCCCGUCACGGAGCACCCGACAGAGAUGCGCAAAAAGGCCAUGGUCAAGGUCUACGACGCCGCGUGCAAGGUGGCGCAGCUGUACCGAGACGUCGUCGCCCGCAACAUGAUCGACAGCGUGCCCAACACGAGCGUCGCCGUCCUGCUGCCCGCCUGCGUCGUCCUCCACGCCGAUGCCAGCCGCAUCACCUCGCCGACGCGGAACCGGUCCCGCCACCUCCUCGAGGAGUGCAUCCAGGUCCUCCAGCAUCUCAGUCGCACCUUCGCCUCGGCCCGCUUCGCCCUCUGGCUGGCCUCGCAAAUGAUGCAGAAGAUAAAUCUGUCCACCCAAAUCUCGACAAGUCAGCCCGAACCUCAUCCCUCUGACCCGAACGCAGAUCAGUCCACGGUGCACCCAGCGCCGCCACAGGACCCGCCACCCGCGACUGCUUGUCACCCGCUGAUGGGACCUCCGUUGAGCUUCGAACCCAGCCUCCCACAAGAAGCACCGAAUCUCGUCCCAGCGGAGAUGAUACCAGAUGGCGCUCACUUGCCGGUGCUAGAAGAGCAAGGGGAGGACAUUGACCAGAGUGAUGACUUCUUGCUGAAUGGCACAUUCUCGCUUCAGGAGAUCGAGAACCACAUGAACCGUGCGUGGUGGGACCCUAUGGUGAAUUUUUAA